GGAGGGGUGAGCUGGAAGAGACAAAAUGGCAGUAGAGAUAACGAUGGUCAGUGUUGGAGCAUUCUUCCUUCUCGUAUGUCUCCUGAUGGUGCUGAUUUCCAGUCAGCGUGACACUCAUUCACAAGGAGAGGAUAGAAAAAGAGUUAAAUCUGGGCUUCUGCAUCAUCUAUAUCAGUUUCUUCACAGUUCUUCUAAACCAUCUCUCCCUGGACCACCCAGUCACUUUCUUAUUGGCAACAUGAUGGAGUUAACAAACGAUCACAUACCGAUUCACCUGACCAAUUUAGCCCAACGCUAUGGCAGUAUUUACCGGCUCAAAUGUGGAAAAACAACCAUGGUGGUGCUUAACAGCUGUGACGUCAUCAGAGAAGCAUUGGUGAAGAAAUGGUCUGACUUUGCAGGGCGACCAAUUUCCUACACAGGUGAUAUCGUAUCUGGAGGAGGGCGGAACAUCUCUCUGGGAGAUUAUACUGAACAAUGGAGGGCACAGCGGCGUCUGGUUCACAGCGCUCUGCAGCGCUGCUGCCAGCAGUCUAUACAUGGCGUGAUUGAGAGGCAAGCCCUGCAUCUGAGAAAGGUUCUCUUGGACUAUCAAGAGAGAGCUGUUGACCUCUCAGAAGAUUUCACUGUGGCAGCCAGUAACGUCAUCACCACUUUAGCUUUUGGAAAAGAAUACGAUAAGACCUCACCAGAGCUGCAGAAGCUGCACUGCUGUCUAAAUGAGAUUGUUGCCCUUUGGGGCUCCUCCUGGAUUUCAGCCCUGGAUUCAUUUCCACUACUAAGAAAAUUACCAAACCCUGUGUUUGCUCGCCUUCUCAAAGAGGUGGCCCGGAGAGAUGCAAUCAUUAAAAAGCACCUUAAUGAUUACAAGUCCCAAAACAAAAUAAAUGAGGACGCUAUCACAGGAUUCCUCCUCCAAGGCCUUGAAAAACAAAAAAGCACAGAAUGUGGAGAGCUCCUGACUGAUGUUCAUGUCCACAUGGCGACUGUGGACCUUCUGAUUGGGGGAACAGAGACCACAGCAGCCUGGCUCAAUUGGACUGUGGCCUUCCUGCUACACAGACCGGAGGUGCAGACCAGCGUAUACGAGGAGCUUUGCACAGUUUUAGAGGAGCGGUAUCCAAAAUACAGCGACAGACACAGGCUCCCUAUGCUGUCCUCUCUUAUCAGUGAGAUGCUCAGACUGAGGCCGGUUGCUCCUUUGGCCGUCCCACACAGAGCCAUCAGGGACAGCAGCAUUGCAGGUUAUUUCAUCCCUAAGAACACAGUCAUCAUUCCUAAUCUUUUUGGAGCUCAUCAUGAUCCCACUGUUUGGUCUGAGCCAUACAGCUUCAAACCAGAGCGCUUUCUGAAGGGAGGAGAUGGCUUUACCCGCUGCCUAUUGCCUUUCGGAGGUGGUGCACGGCUCUGCCUGGGGGAGUCUGUCGCCAAAAUUGAGCUUUUUCUGUUUACUGCUUACUUGCUCAGAGAUUUCCAGUUUGUCCUUCCUCAGGGUGAAAACUCCCUUCCUGACCUCAGGGGGGUUGCCAGUGUUGUGCUUAAAAUCAAGGCCUACAAAGUCAUUGCCCUUCCCAGGCCUUAAACCUGUCCCUGGACAAUACUGUGCACACAUGACAUUGUUAAUGUUUUAUUUUUGUUGCAUUUGAGGUUUUAAACAAAUUCAACACGAGGAACCAACUUUUUGAAUCAACAGAAAGAUUGAAAUGUCUUAUUUUAACUUUUUUUUGGCAAUGCGCAUGCAGCCUUGUGCACCUGUUUUUGAAUAGGCUACCUUAAUUUUCAAGCUAUGAUAUCACCACCUAGUGGAGAAACAUUUCACAUGCGUUUUACUCACCACUGCAUCGUCAUUGGGCUUAAUGGUUAUCCUAUAAAGACAAAUAAACUUAAGUCAUACGUAAAAAAAAAAAAAAAAGUAUACCUUCAAAAGUCACAAGUUUAAAUACGCU